AUGCCUCAAUUAUAUCGCAAAGAUAGGAUAUUCAUCGAGAUCGUCGGACCAAAGAAAGCUCAGGCCCAAGAGGGCAGAAAAGAUAUUGGCAGGAAGAAGGCAAAGAAAUCCAAGAUCGUGAAAAUCAUGCCGCAGCGUCGAUUCCUCGACAUUCAUCAAAGCACCGACAAAAACAGAAUGCACCGUUCGUGA